AUGUCGGAUGUCCGAGUUUUUCGUAGGCUCUUGAAAGCAGCAUCUGUUCCCAAGUGGGGAAGGCCUAGUCCCCCACCCUCAUCAGGCCAGACACCUCACAGACCCUCACCCAGGGACAAAGAAGGAGCCAUGAGUACAACAGGCAAGGCCAGUGGGCUCAAACCCCCCACUAAAAUAGCCCGUCCAUCUGGGGUGCCAACAAGGACGUCUCCAUCCUCCAGUGCCCCAAAGCCGGUUCCUCCUGAGAAGACCCCUGGCGGUGUGACCUCCUCGACCCAGGAUGGAAGUGCAGACUUCCAGAUUGGAGAGAGGGUCUGGGUGAAUGGCAACAAACCUGGCUAUGUGCGAUUUAUAGGGGGUACACAGUUUGCCCCCGGUCAGUGGGCUGGUAUUGAGCUGGAUGAACCCAUUGGCAAAAAUGAUGGGUCUGUAGCAGGGGUCCCAUAUUUCAAGUGUGAGGAUGGACGGGGCAUAUUCACGCGGCCUUCAAAGCUAUCCAAGACUGCACUCCCAGAGAAGGAAGCCAACGGGGGGCAGCCCAGUCCGGCACAAGUGGGGAAUGCAACAAAUGAGUCCGCACCUCCUGGCACUACCUCAACUGCUCAGGGCAUUGGCAUCAAGACAAGCAGCGCAAUUAAUCGAAUGCUUACAUCCAGUGAGUCGGUGUCAAACCUGUCAGACCCAGACUCCAUUAAGAAGAACAGACGGGAGUUGAGGCUUGUAGACCGUGUGCUGGUUGGUGGGACCAAGGCAGGUGUAGUACGGUUUCUAGGGGAGACAGACUUUGCCAAAGGGGAAUGGUGUGGAGUGGAACUAGAUGAACCACUUGGCAAGAACGAUGGAGCUGUAGCAGGGACCAGGUACUUUCAGUGCAUGCCAAGGUAUGGUCUGUUUGCUCCGGUCCACAAGGUGACACGUAUUGGCUUCCCCUGCACCACGCCUACUAAGGCCAAGAGCUCACGAAGGAGGUCCACUAUCAAGAGGAGCCCCAGUGCCUCUUCCAUCAGCUCACUCAGCUCUGCCACCUCCUCAAUCAGUGGAAAACCCAGCCGAGCAGGACUGCUGACAGAGACAUCAGCCCGGUACGCACGUAAGAUUUCUGGCACAACAGCGUUACAAGAAGCUCUGAAGGAGAAACAGCAGCACAUUGAGCAACUGCUAGCAGAAAGAGAUCUGGAGCGAUGCGAGGUCGCAAAGGCUACGAGUCACGCAGGAGAGGUGCAACAGGAGCUGGUACUGCUGAGGAAAGGCCGGGACCAGUAUGCCAUGGAGAUGGAGGCAAAGCUGGAUCAGUUACGUUCUCUGGUGGAAGCAGCAGAUCGGGACAAAGUGGAGCUGCUCAACCAGCUGGAGGAGGAGAAGAGAAAAGUUGAGGAUCUUCAGUUUCGUGUAGAAGAAGCAUGCAUCACCAAAGGAGACCUGGAGACGCAGACCAGGCUGGAGCAUGCCCACAUAAAGGAGCUUGAGCAGAGCCUGCUCUUUGAAAAGACCAAAGCUGAAAAACUCCAGAGGGAUUUAGAGGACACUAGGGUGGCUACAGUGUCUGAGCGCUCCAGGAUCAUGGAGCUAGAGAGGGAGGUGGCAGAUCUCCAACUCAGACUCAGAGCGUUUCAGCAGAAGGAGGAUGCUGUGUCUCUGUCUCAGCAACAGAUCAGCAGCCUCAAGGCGCAGGCACAGUCUCAAGAGAAAAAGAUCAGUGAGCUGAGUGUUGACCUGGAGAGCAAACAGAAGGAGCUUCAGUCUGUACAGCAAGAUAAGAGCACUCUGGAACAGCAGUUAACCAGUGUGAGAGAAAAACUGGAGAUAGCGGAGGAGGACAGCAAGAAAACAGCAAAGACAAUGCAAGAACUAGAGCACAGUGCAGAGCAGUCGAAGAAAGACUACCAAACCCUGAAAGAGGGGAGCCAGAGCAGAGAGACUGAGCUGAGGACCCAGCUGAUGCAGGCUACUGAAAAGUCACAGAGGACGGCUCUGUCUCUUGAGCAGCUGACCAAUGAGAAUAAAGAACUGGAGACGCAGCUCGAGGCUUUGAAACAGCAGAACUCCAAAUACCAGGAGGAGCUCAGUCUGUCUAAAGAGCGGAGCAGCUCAGAAAACCAGCGUAUUGGAGUUCUCUGCAAAGAAAUUGAGGAGCUGAAACUGGCCUCCCAAAAGUCUCACCAUCUUGAAGAGCACAAUGAGGAGCGUAGCAGUCAACAGCCAGACAUGAAAACCAGAGAAACGAUCUCCAAUCAGGAAACAGAUAAAUCCACCGGCGCCUUAAUCUCAGAUAAAGACAGAGAACUGGAAACUCUGAGGAAUGAGAUCGCAGUGCUGCGAGGGGAAAACGCCAUGGCCAAGACCCUGCAGUCAGCCGUGGAGACCCUGGAGAGAGACAAAGCUCAGCUGCAGAGCCGAGUUCAGAGUCUAGAGCAGAGGCUCAUGGGAACGCAGGCCUCAGAGGGAGGAGACAGGGAAGCCCCGCCUUCAGGUGAUGCAGCUCUGGAGCAGCUGAAGGAAGAGAAGGAAUUUGCCGAGGGACAGAUCAACUUCCUGAACAGCGUGAUUGUGGACCUGCAGCGAAAGAACGAGGAGCUGAAGAUCAAGCUGAAGAAGCUGGCUCUGGCUGAGUUUAACGGCAAUGAUGAGACUGAUGGUUUUGAUGAAGGUGUGUCUAAACGGGAAAAGAAGGCAACCCCGCGGCUGUUCUGUGACAUCUGUGACUGCUUUGACCUCCACGACACAGAGGACUGUCCCACCCAGGCCCAGAGCCCAGACUCUGUACCCCACACCACCUACCAUGGCAACCCCACUGAUGAGAGACCCUACUGCGACAUCUGUGAGGCCUUCGGUCACGCCACAGAGUCCUGCAAUGACGACCAGACCUUCUAGAGGCUCCAAAAACUCUGACCCCUGCAUCUAACCCCCUCCUCUCACCGUCUCCUCAACUCUCCUGUCGCAUUCCCCCAAAUCCAGCUCCCUGCAGAUUUUUCCAUAUGUAUUUUUAUACUGUAUUUAUGCAUAUCACUUGUAUCCACUAUCCUAAUCUAAAUCCUUGACCCUACAGGACUACUGCUCUUUUCUCUAAAGAUCAGCUCUUCUGACUAUAAUGCAGAAUGCUCGUCCAAAUAUGCUGCUUUGGUGCAAUAUUGAUGUUUUUAAGAAAAGGAGUCCGUCCUCUGCACUUGUCGUUUUAUAACAUGUCGUUUUGCAUUUGAUUAUGUUUCUAAAAUAAGUGAUGUUCCAUAUUUAUUGUGUUUUGGGCUUUAUGUUUUUAAUUAAUGAAAACUGAUGGAACACGAUAUUGAGCACAAAUCAGACUGAAGGGAAAAUGAAGCACCUCUUGGACUCUACAUUCCUGUCUUACAGUAUGUAUCGCAUUCCUCAGACUGAAAGGCUGUAAACCAAUCAGAUACUGCCACGUUGGAACGUUUUAGUAAUGUUUUAUGUUCAGGAACAUUUUACAGAGGCUGCAUUACAGUGUACCUACUGUUAACCUGUGGAAAUAUGAGUUUGACUAAACAUGUACCAAUGUUCAGUUUGGAUCUUGGAAAUGUGUGGUUUGACAGAAAGAAAUACAUGUUUACACUAAAUCCACUUUGUUUUCCAGAGCUUUCAAUGACAGGUGAUGAUGGGUUUGUCACAAGGGCAUUUAACAGGAUCUAUUCUGAAUGCUGUAAAAGAGCCUUGUACUAUGAUUGUCUAUUUCCAAGAUCACAAAUUAACUUUGCCAUGUUUGCGUACUUUUUCUCUUCCCACAGUUUAACAUACAAGUAAUUACUCCAGAGUAAUGCCACUAAAGGGUUUGUUGUAGCUAAUUGUUGCAUUUUGUUAUUUAUUCUGUCUGACCUGUCACUAACCAGUGUAUUUCUACAGGAAAAUAAGCUAGCACUGAUUGAAAAUGUAUCAUCUGUACCAGGACUACUGUAGUAUAGGUGGGCUUUUAAAAUGCAUCUGCCUCAUGUUACAAGAACCCAGAUGAAACUGUAGAAGCCUCUAACUUAGUUUUGCACUGUCCACUUUAAAAACUCAAUGUUCAGUUCUCUUAAAAAGAAGCAGCGCUUUAACUGAUUCUAGAUAAAAGCUAUUUUAUCAGCAGGGUCGGUCCAGAUUAUUAUACGUACUGUUACAUUUUACAUUUUACCAGUGUAGCGACACAUAUUUGACCUAUCUAGUUCUUAAGCACAAUUUUGGAUCAUAUUGAAUCUCUUGAGUGUAUAACACGACUAACCAUUGACACUCGUCUCUGUAAAUACUAAUCAGAAGCGUCCUUCUGAUAAAUGUGUACACAGUGCCAUAGAACAAAAAGAUAGCUUUUAUGUGUACAUUUUAUUUUUUUGCCCUGUUGAUAAGAGUAGACAUUGUAUAAGGAGAUUUCCACUCCGGGGGGGAAGCCCAUUUGUAUAGAUACUGACUUUAAAACAUUGUGUACUUUAUAAGUGAUGCAUCUAACUAGUGUAAUGUUUUAUAUGUAACAAUUUCAGGCACCACCGAUAAAUGGUUUCAAAGACUCAUACCAUUUUUCAGAUGUUGACGUGUUGUAAAAUGUCACUGUUUUAUAUGUACUCCUGGUCCAAUAGAAAUACUAAAAAAACUA